UGGUGCGCGGUGGUUGUGUACGCUUAAUUUUAAUUACGUUCUUCGUUUCUAACAUUUAGGUUGUAUUCAUAGUAUUUAAAUUAUUUUGAAGAGAACGCAGAAGCCAUCAACAACUUACUUUACCUGAUUUCGAUGAGUAUGCUCGUGUGUAAAUGACAACAUGGAUCCAGGGUACUUCGAUAAGCAGCGGGACCGGAACCCCCGCGAAACUAGCAACCCCUUCUCCAGCCUUUGCUUCUGGUAUACGCGGCCGAUAUUUGUUAAGGGCCGCAGAGGGGACCUCACCAUUGAUGAUAUUUACAGAUGUACGCCAUCACAUCGGGCAGCGCCGCGGGGCGACGCCAUGGCUGGGGUGUGGAAACAGGAGCUAGAAAAAGAAGAAAAAGGAAAGAAACCGUCGCUGCUUCGUGUUAUAUUAAAACUAUACGGACUUAAGUUUAUCAUAGUCAAUACUAUUUUUGGAAUAUUUGAUACGGGUAUAAGAUUAUCAACACCAUGGUGCCUGGAGGGUCUCAUAAAAUAUUUUUCCCCUUCACAUUCUGGUGUGGAAACGUACGAAGCGUACCUGUAUGCCGCUGGUGUUGUUGGUUUCAUGGCAGUGAGUGCUGUUAUAAUGCACCCCGCACUGCUGCUACUGCUGGAGACCAGUAUGAAGAUAAAGGCCGCUUGCUCCUCGCUCAUAUACAGAAAGCUUCUCCGGCUAGACCUGGCGGCGGGGGGCAAAGCCUCAGAGGGUUUAACCGGUCAGGUGGUCAAUCUCCUCACAACAGACAUGCAGAGGUUCGACAUGGCGAGCUUGUUCCUCAUGGACCUCGUCCGGACGCCCAUAGAGAGCGCCGUCACUGUCUACCUCAUGUACAGGCAAAUUGGGGUGUCUACUUUCAUCGGAGUUGCGUUUCUACUCCUGUUCAUACCGUUUCAAGGGUACCUGGGCAAAAUAUCAAGUAGGCUACGACGGCAGACCGCGGUGCGAACGGACAACAGAAUCCGGCUGAUGAACGAGGUGGUACAGAGUAUAGAGGCCAUCAAGAUGAACGUUUGGGAGGAAGCGUUUGCCAAGAUCAUUGGGAAGGCGAGAAGAAAAGAAAUGAACAUCAUAAAGAAGAUGUCGUGGCUGCGGGCGGUGAUGAUAUCGUGCGUGAAACUCAACACCAAAGUGGCCAUCUUCCUCAGCAUCAUCUCCUACAUCUCCUUCGGGAACGAGCUCACCGCCGCCAAGGUAUUCGUGAUAUUCUCCUACUACGACAUUCUAAAGUAUACCCUGGUGGACUUUCUUCCCCUGUCCAUCGCGUUUACGCUAGAAGCGUACGUGAGUGUGAAGAGAGUGCAAGAGUUCCUACUGCUGCCAGAAGUGGACAACCACGAUGGCGUUGACUUGGUGAAGAUAGACUCCAGUGAACCGAAGAGAGUUUUUGAGAAGAUUGGUAAUGGGCAGCAAGCGUACAUAAAAUCGGAACACAAUCUGGAACAGCUGGAGCCGAAAGUAAUAGUCUCAUUCAACAACUACACUGCGCACUGGCGGAACGCCGAGAACAAGAAAUUAGACAAAAGCGUCGUCGCUCUGAGUGAAAUCGACCUCAAUAUAUUGCCUGGCACACUGACGACAGUAUUGGGGACUGUGGGUUCUGGCAAGUCGACGCUGCUCAUGGCCAUUCUCAAAGAGCUAGCCCCCACAUCUGGAUCGGUCACUGUCAACGGAGUCGUCUCCUACGCAUCGCAAGAUCCGUGGCUGUUUGAAGCUUCUGUCCGCCAGAACAUCCUGUUCGGUCAGGAGCUGGAUCUGCGGCGCUACAAGGCGGUGGUGAAGUGUUGCCAGCUGCGGAGCGACCUGGAGCUGCUGCCGCACGGCGACCGCACGGUGGUGGGCGAGCGCGGCGCCUCGCUGUCGGGCGGACAGCGCGCGCGCCUGUCGCUGGCGCGCUGCCUCUACCGCGCCGCCGACCUCUACCUGCUGGACGACCCGCUCGCCGCCGUUGACGCCAAGGUGGCGCAGGCGCUGUACGAGGAGUGCGUGCGCGGGUUCCUGCGCGACCGCGCGGUGGUGCUGGUCACACAUCACGUGCACUACGCGCGACAGGCUGACAAUGUUUGCAUCAUGAGGUCUGGGAAAAUAGUGGCAAAGGGCACAUAUCAAGAGCUCCAGAGUACAGUACCAGAGUUCGAGAAACUUAUUGAGGUCGGAGUUAAAAGCGAAGAAGAGAAACAAAAGCAAAAGACUUUCGAGAGCCACGAUACAUUGGAACACAGUCAAAAACUUCGCUCUCAGCGUUCUAUGUCCGAAGCGUCGCAGCUUUCCUUCAAUAUGGACAUUGAUAACAACAUAGAUCCUAAAUACGAAGGUGAGUCCCAGGGCAAGGGGUCAGUAGACAGCAGAGUGUAUUUAAACUACAUCAAAAGCGGCGGAGGCACGUUGUCCAUGCUACUCCUGUUCACACUAUUCAUUGCUGCUCAAGUCUUCUACUCUUCCAGCGAUCUUUGGCUUAAAGAUUGGGUUAACAUAGAAGAAUCGUACAGCGCUGCAGUUCAAAAUUCUACAACAGUAGAAACAAACACGACAGAACCAGUGGUGUACGAAGAUCUGCCAGUGAACAGGUUCGGUCUGUCGCGGUCGGCGUGCGUGUACGUGUACGCGGCGCUGAUCGGCGUGUGCGUGUUCUUCACGUGGAACAAGCUGCUGGUGUUCUACAACACCUGCAUCCGCGCCUCCGUCGCGCUGCACGACAACAUGUUCAGGGGCGUGACGAACGCGCCGAUGUGGUUCUUCCACCACAACCCGUCGGGCCGCAUCCUCAACCGGUUCUCCAAGGACAUGGGACAGGUGGACUCGCUGCUACCCGUCGCGCUCGUUGACUGUCUUGGGUUCUUCCUAGAAGUGGUCGCGAUUUUAGUGGUAGUGUGUUUGGUGAACUGGUGGCUGAUGCUGCCUACUGGUGCUAUCGCCUUCCUGCUUUAUCUCCUAAGGGACUUCUACAUCACCACCAGCCGCGAACUCAAACGGAUAGAAGCUAUAGCCAAGAGUCAGGGACUAAACCACGCGACCGCCACGGUAUCCGGUCUGCCGACAAUCCGCUCCUCAGGCGAGCGUCAACGCACGCUAGCUUGCGAGUUCGACAAGCUGCAGGACUUACACUCGUCGUCGUGGACGCUCGUCCUCACAACUAACCGCGCAUUCGGCCUGUGGAUGGACAUGGUCUGCUGCGCCUACCUCGCCGCUGUCACUUUUAGUUUCUUCCUGUUUGUUGGCGAAGACGCGCUGGGCGGUAACGUAGGUCUGGCGAUCACGCAGGUGAUAGGGCUGGUUGGCAUGUGCCAGUUCGGCAUGCGGCAGACCGCUGAAGUCGAGAACCAGAUGACCUCUGUGGAAAGGAUACUGGAGUACUCAAACUUGCCGUCCGAGCAGCCCACCGAGCCUGACAUGACAGCGCUUAAAGCCGAGCAUCCUAACUUAGACUUCGAUAAAUGGCCAGAAAAGGGUGAAAUAGUUUUCGAGGAUGUAUCGCUGGAAUACGAGAAGCCACCUCGCAAGGACGUAGCUUCGGAGAAGGGCGCGGUGGAGGAGCCGGCGUACGCCAUCCGCGGCGUACACUUCAGGGUGCGCGCGGGCGAGAAGGUGUGCGUGGUGGGGCGCACGGGCGCCGGCAAGAGCUCGCUCAUCGCCGCGCUGUUCGGGCUGGCGCGCACGCACGGGGGCGUGGCCGUGGACGGCGUGCGCGCGCGCUCGGCGGGGCUGCGCGCGUGGCGGCGGCGGCUGUGCGCGCUGCCGCAGCGGCCCGCGCUGUUCGCCGGCACGCUGCGCGACAACCUCGACCCGACGGGGGCGCGCACCGACGCCGAGCUGCACGCCGCGCUGCGGGAGGUGGGGCUCGGGGCCCUCGCGGGCGCCGCCGAGGGACUGAGCUGGCGCGUGGGCGACGGCGGCGGCAACCUGUCCUCCGGCCAGCGCCAGCUGCUGUGUCUGGCGCGCGCCGUGCUGGCCCGCCCGCGCGUGCUCGUGCUGGACGAGGCCACGGCCAACGUGGACGGCGAGACGGACAAGGCGAUCCAGGCGUCGAUACGCACCAAGUUCGCCGCGUCCACCGUGCUUACCAUCGCGCACCGCCUGCACACCGUCAUGGACUACGACAGAGUCAUCGUCAUGGACAAGGGGCGUGUGGUAGAAACCGGGCAUCCGUAUGAGCUUCUGCAGAUUAAACAUAAGAGUGAACUACCCAAAAGGACGCAGCUAUCCAGGAGCCAGGCGCCGCUAGCGAUCCCGGAGAAUUCCACGUACGACAGCUUAGAGCAGAUGCCGCAAUUCCAAGAAUAUUCCAGGUUAGAUUCUGAAAAUGAGAGCAUAUUCAAGUCACUUGUGGAGCAGACCGGCCCCGAGACUGCGGCCGUGCUUUACAAAAUGGCCGAAGAGAGUUACAGGAGAUUCCAAGAAUCGAAGAAAACUUCCUAAAUAUCAUAACGAGACAAGGAUCAAUUAUUAUAAUACAAAUACUUGAAGAAGUACUUAAAUAUUUACCAUCGAGUAGGUAAGAAAUAAACGGUACUUAAAAGAGCUGCCACUAUCGGAACAA